ACUACCUUCAUACUCAACUACAGCUUGGAGAUCUUCUUACCACUGGAACACAACUACAGCUUGGAGAGCUUCUUACCAUUGGAAUAUAAAACAAACAGCUGUCUAACAUUGGAAAAUGGGGAGCUCAGCUAUGUGGGUUAUCGUGGAAUGUGCUUACAAAGUUCUUGACAUCUCAACUUCUGCAGGGGUUUCUUCUGCUGCAAUGAUGCUUUUUGAAGUGGCAUAUUUGACAGAUCCUAUAUUGACAACCUGUUAUCCCCAUACUUGUAAGGGCUUUAUUAUUUGGAAGACAUUGGCUGAGAUUGGAAGCUUCCAGAAGUUUCUCUUCUACACUAUGAUGUCAAUGGUGUGCUUUUUGCAUCCUGUAUUAGUAUGGCAUGCUGUCAUACCAGGUACAAUGCUGCUGGUGACAUGAUUCUUUAAUUUUAUUUUGAGUAAAAGGAAAAAGACAAGCCCUCCAAAGCAACCUGAUGAAUUUUAUGGAGACCCAGAGCUCACAGCCAUCUGCUUAACUGAGUCCAAGGAAACCAUAAAAACCUUUUCCUUCUUCCACAUUAUCUUUGGCAAAAGAGCAUCCUUCAUACCUGACAACAGCAGAUUACACAUCACUAGCAGUUCUCAGAAUAUUCUUGGGUCAGACUACUCAGAACAGCCUGCCCAUAGACCAAUGAGGAAAGUUUACUGA